AUGCCACAGGUGUCCUUCGCCACACCCUCGCUGUGUGUGACCUUCCCCCGCCUCCUGAGCCGGUUUCUCCCCUCGCUUCCCCCCACCGUGCGGGACAUGGACGUCCCCCCUCUGUUCCAGAAUCGCUUCAUCCUGACGGGGUACCGUCCCACAGGGCAGCCAUGGCGGUGUUACGCCCUCAGCCUCUUCCAGAAGCACAACGAGACGCUGAAUGUGUGGAGCCACCUGCUGGCUGCCGUCUGCAUGGCACUGAGGUUCACCGUGUUUACCAUCCUGCAGGAAGGGGGAGUUUUGGGUUUCCAGCUGCAGGGUCCUGAAGGUCAGGGGAUUUCUCUGGACGUGUCUUCGCUACCUCUGGUGUUCUAUGUGUUUGCUGCCAUCACAUACCUCUGCUGCAGCGCUGCAGCUCACCUGCUGCAGUCCCACUCGGAACAGGUGCGGUAUUUGCUCUACUUGCUGGACUCUGUGGGCGUGGCCAUCUACCAGUGCGGCUGUGCACUGGUUCUGUACCUGUACAGCGCCAACAAUGCCUGGACACAAAGCAUGCUGGGACAGAUCUUCCUCCCAGCCACUACCAUCUUCGCCUGGUUCUCCUGCACUGCUAGCUGCUACGCUAAGCUCCACGUCAGACAACUAUACCCACUCCAAGUCAUUCUGAUGGCUGCCACCUACCUGCUAGAUAUCAGCCCGGUUGUCCAUCGUCUUGCCACCUACAGCUGGAGAAGAAGCCCAGCACUGCUGCUGCACCUCCUGCAGGUGAUGCUGCUUCUUCUGUCGGCCUUCUUCUUCUCUUGUCCUGUACCCGAGCGCUUCGCCCCCGGACGCUUUGACAUUAUCGGCCACAGCCACCAGCUCUCCCACAUCCUGCUGUCACUCUGCAUGCUGGCCCAGCAGGAAGCGCUGCUCCAUGACUUCCUGUGGCGACGGCCGGGGCUGGUUAGGGCGUUUGGAGAGGAGCGCCUCCUGCUGGCCAGUGCCUCUUUCCCCUGUGUGGUGCUGUGUUGUGCUGCAACGGCACUCGCCAUGAGGAGGCGAGGUCAGGCUCACCUAAUGAAGAAUAAAGAUACGGAAGGAGGAAGAUGA